CCGUUGCAUAAAUUUGCACCUAGAAUUUCUGGUGGGCGACGAGGACGUAACAAUCGAGCUACUCAGCCGCGGACUUUUGAUCUCCAACAUUCAUUCCUACGGUCAAUAUACCGCCAAUGGGCGGUAUCAGUCGCCAUUUUUUUUCUAAUUUGUUGACCACUGAGUCUGGUCGACGCAGGGCGACAACGUGUAUCUUCUUCUCUUUUGUUUUGCAAACAAUUUGAAGAACCCUAACUUUAAUCUCUCUUCCUUUGUCUUCCCUGUCUAUAAAGACUCCCAUGGACUCGUUCCUUCCCUGCGGCGAGGCCCCACCAAACCGCGAAGAGCUGCUACAUCCCUCGUCGAAAUCCACCUGUUUCCUGAACCUUCCCGUCGAUAUAAACGCAAUUCACUCCUCAGGCGGUGCCGGCUUGGAGUUUGCGGUGAGAAAGCCUUCCUUUUCCUUCUUAUUAGCCCUUAAAAGGCGUGAUUUUGGAUACGGGUUCUCUCUUUCUUCCUCUCAAAGAAGUCUUUUGAAUCGGAAACGUUGAUAGCUGUGUGUGUUCUGAGAUGCUGUCUAGGGUAUUUCAUAACGAAGAUGGCAAGGAUUCGACACAGAGGAUCCAACCCAGGGGUUAUUUGUUUAGUAUCGUCAAGUACUUUGGCCCUUUCUUGCUUCUGGCUGCUGGGUUUUUCACCUUUGGUGCUCGGUACUUCGAUACUCAUAUUUUAAAUUUGCAGUCACCAAGGUCUGGUUUUUUGCCCUGUAUCACUGUGGAGCCGAGUGGAAUGAAUCGUUUGAUCAAGCCUCCUUCUUCUUUGUCGCAUAAUAUGAGUGAUGAGGAGCUUUUCUGGAUUGCGAGCUUUGCCCCGCAAGUUAAGAAGUAUCCUUUCAAUAGGGUCCCGAAGGUGGCUUUCAUGUUCUUGACGAGGGGACCUUUGCCUCUCUUUCCGCUGUGGGAGAAAUUCUUUAAGGGAAAUGAGGGUCUUUAUUCAAUCUAUGUUCAUUCAUUGCCCGGCUAUGAACCCAACUAUCCGAAGGAGUCCGUAUUCUAUAAGAGGCAGAUUCCAAGCCAGGUAGCAGAAUGGGGAAGAAUGAGCAUAUGCGAUGCAGAGAGACGCCUCCUCGCCAACGCGCUCCUCGAUCUCUCCAACGAGCACUUUGUUCUUCUCUCCGAGUCCUGCGUCCCCCUCUACAACUUCACCAUCAUCUACAAAUACCUGCAGAGAUCUCGCUUCAGUUUCAUGGGCGUCUUUGACGACAGAGGCCCUCACGGCAGAGGAAGGUAUAACCCCAACAUGGCUCCAUUGAUUUCCCUCAAUCAAUGGCGCAAAGGUUCUCAGUGGUUUGAAGUCAGCAGAGAUAUUGCAAUAUAUAUUAUACAAGACACCAAGUACUACGCCAAGUUCAAGGAAUUCUGCAGGCCGCCUUGCUAUGUCGACGAGCAUUACUUCCCCACCAUGCUGCAUAUUGAAAAGUCGAAUCUGAUAGCUAAUAUUAGUCUCACCUUCGUGGAUUGGUCGAGAGGUGGAGCUCAUCCGGCGACUUUUGGGAAGGAAGAUAUUAAUGAGGAGUCUAUGAAGAAGAAGCUUCUGAGUGGAUGGGAGUGUAUGUACAAUGGCCAGCAUUCUUCUCUCUGUGUCCUCUUUGCGAGGAAAUUUGCUCCCAGUUCGUUGGAGCCAUUGUUGAAGCUUGCGCCGGCUGUGCUUGGAUUUGGGUGAGUGUGGGGGAGAUAAGAUUGAGGAUUGUUCGGAGUGAUUAGCGGUGAAUGUGCUAAUAAAUUAGUGUUGGGGUUAGGGUUUCUUAAUGUAAUUAAGAUGAUAUGUAAUGUGUUUUUUUGUAAAGGAAAUAU